AUGGCUCUGCAUUUGCAUCCUUGGCGGGCUGCCCUGCGCUGGCUCUGCCUGCUGCUGUCGUGGAGCGGGUCUCUGGGUGAUGGACCCCUCAUAGGCUCUACCACACCCACGCCCAGCACGACCGCGACAACCACGACAACCACGACGACCACGACGACCACGACAACUACAACGACCACGACCACAGUAUCGACUACCACUCAGCGGCCGUAUUGCACCGCGUCCCCCACGGUGUACAGCUGCAGCUCCGGGCCAGGGGGCUCCAACCACGCGAAUUUGAGGCUCAUUGAUGGCAGCUAUGAGAUCCCCUCGAAUCUCUGCGGUGGGCGCUGGGGACGCCUUGAGAUCAGGUCGAGUGGAACCUGGGUCAAAAUUUGCGAUGUCGGCUUCGGCGCGCAGGACGUCCAGGUAGCUUGCAG